CCCGGUACGGUGCGUGAGUGUGCGUGCGUGUCCAGGUGUGUGAAAGCGUGUUUGUUGGUCUGUUGUUAAAUUAGUGGUUUUCGUUCCGGAGUUCGGCUCCGCUGCGGACACCGACUGUUUGACCGGAGAGUGUGCGCUCUCAGCGGCUCGCAGCGCGGCUCGGCCCGGCUCAUCGCGGCUCCGCACCAAACCCCAUUCACUUAACACGCAGUUUUACUGAUCCGGGAGGGUUUGUCUCUUUCCAGACUAACCGUGCGUGCGUGCGUGGUGUUAGUGUGCACGCGUGUGUUUUUAGCGUGCACGGGCGCGUCCACGCCCCCGUGCUGCAGAUGGAUGGAUUUACUGAGAUGAACUGAGGAGCAGAAGAUUUCAAUGUUUCUGACCGGAUGGAUCUGAAAUCAGACACAUCAGUAAACUGGACCCCACACCACAGAAGAAGAAGAAGAGGAAAGGACAUGGCGGACUGAGCGGCAUCCUGGAGCCAGACGGUCCCGUCUUAAGCCGCGGGCUCACAGCAUGGUGGACACCAGCACAUCUUUAAGGAUGAACCCGCUCGCCGCCCUCAGCAUCGACUGCAAUGCUCUGGUCAGGGACAACAACCGUCCCCUCGGCGGACUCUUCUAUCCCGGAGUCAAUCCUCUCUCCGCUGAGAAGCCGCAGGAGGCCGGUGCUUCUCUGGCACUCGGCUACAAUCUCCUGUACAAACCAGGUGUUCCCCUGCUGGACGGCCAAAAGUCCACAGGUGAAUAUGUUGGACUCUAUAAGACUCCUCAAGGACUGCAGAAGCCCCUGGUGAUCCCUGCAGGGGGUGAUGGUCUGAGUCUGGACCGCAGAGUUCAGCCCAGUGACAAGCAGUCAGAGGUGGGUCUGAGUGGUGCUGGCAACUUCCUGAGGUUGCCCUGGAUCAGCCCUUACACUGAUGCAAUGAUGUACCCCUUUCUGGACAUGGCCUAUAAGGCGUCCUUCCUGUCCCAGCAGCCCCUCCUCCACCAGCAGCUGGCCUACCAGUCCCUGUGUGCAGCAGGGGUGGGAGGCGGCUCACAUGGGGAGGACAGACUCUGCUACCUGCCUCACUAUGGCCCGGCACAUAUCUCCUCCCCCCUGGGCUCUCUGAUCCGGAUCCCUGCAGCCCCCCCAGCCCCUGCUGGCCUUUCACCCCUGCCCCACCCCCAGGACAAGCCCUUACAAGGCCUUGGUCCUCAGGUGCAGCAGGAGCACUCUGCUUUCACCAGCAGUCCACAGAUCCACCAGGACCCAAAGCCUCAAGCUGGUCUUAACAUCAAGCGACAACACGGCAGCAACACAAAGUCCAGUCAACCCAGUUCCACCAAGAACACUGUCAGUAGCAGCUGUGGUGGGACAGGUGGGGCCCCUGUUAGCAGUUCAGCCCCCACUGCCCCCUCAGAGGCCCCUGCAGUCACCCAUCCUCCCUGUUCAGCUCCUCCCCCCCUCAGCAGCACCUCCACGGGCCUCCAGAGGUCUCUGCACAGGAGCAUCGACCCGGCCUCCCUGUCGGCGGCUCACUCCUCCUACAGCUCUGAGCACUGCUCCCCCAUCAAACAAACUAAAGACACCUCCUCUGACUGCUCUGGCUCAGACAAAUGUCUCUCACCUGCAAAGACAUCAGUGGAUAGAGCUGGACCUCAAACAUCUGUCAAAACCACCAAGGAGAAACCUCUGGACCUGUCUGCCAAAGAGCUAGAGGAGCUCUCCAAUGGAUUCCCAUCCAAACUGGAGGCCCUGGCCAAGCUGGGGUAUCUACCUCCAUCUUAUCACGGACUGGUUACCAGUCAGGACCGGAGCCUGAAAGAGGGUCUACCUCCACCUGUGAGCACGCCAGCUCAGGAUCAUCUCAGGACUCCAGAUCGUCCUGAGAUGAUCAGCACUGGGCCUUCCUCUUGGAUCGUUCCCUCCCCCAUUGUGACCUCUGACCUCAGCAGAGGCUCCCGAAUUCUGAAAAACAAGAGUGCAGAUGCUCAUCACAAACACUCACCUGGCUCCACAACAGUCCAUGUAACCAGUGCUCCCAGUCUUGCCUCAAGGGAAAGACCCUCUGCAUCAACCCCCCCUCCACAAUCCAAAGUGGAGUGGCGUCGAGUCCCUCCCACUGAUGUGGAGAGUAAAGGAGAAACUUGUGCACGCCCUGAAAAACCUCCAGAGAGCCGACCGCCUCCACAGCAGACUCGAGGAGGAAACUCCUCCAGUCAGACCGAUGGAGACUCCUACCUCCCCCCUGGCCUAGCUUACACUAACCGCUACAUCCCGUACUCGGCUGCUGAGAACAUGUCUUUGACCAUACCUGGCAAAGGACUGGUCUACUCCCAUCAGGCUGCGCUGACCAGCAGCAGCUUUUACCCUCCCCGAAUUGCACCAAAACCUCCAUAUGGAGUUCAUCCAAACCAGGGGGACUUCAUGACGUACCAGACCUCCCAGGGGGUACCCCCUCCAUCUGUCUCCUCCCACCCAGGUCCUGAGCCCCAGGACAAAACCUGGAACAAUGCACCACACAGGAACCAGGACAGACUGGACAACGAGAGAGACAAGUCCACAAAACAUACCAUGAGGUCUUCAGGCAAAAGCCUCCCUGCUGCCUCGGACAAUGUGGUCUGUAUCGAUCUAGUGCGUGAGGACACAGACGAAGACCUGUCCACCAGCAAGCAUGGCAGAGACAAGUCUUCCAAACAAGGUGGUAGCAGCUGUAACCAAGUCCAAGACACAGAGCCACGACCUCCAAAAACCCUUCAUCCCAGCCAGGCUGCAGAGCCCAGACAAGACAUACCACCUUCAAAACCACCCCAUCACAACUCCUCUUCAUCUCCUGCUGGGGAGAUCCUGGAGGAGGUCCCAGGAGAGGAGGAGCCUCUCAGUCCAUUCCUGGACAUCCCAGAGGAGCAGACAAUGCGCUGUGCCCGAACUUCUCCACAGCAGUUUUCUAGAAGACGUAAAACUGGAUCCUCUGGUGGUGCUGAGGGCCUGAUCGCAGCUGACCAUGUGAAUAACAAAGCUGAACCAGACGCCUCAGCAGGAGGUCACCCUGAGCACAGACCCUCCAAGAGCAGCAACUCAUCUGGUCCGUCCAGCAAGGAGAGUUGUUUUAGUGACCAGAAGAGCAACCUGGGAUCAGUGUGUACAGUCAUCGGUCCAAAGAGUCCUUCAGACUGUCUAGUCACAGCAUGCAGGAGUCUGAAUCCCACAGUUAUGACCCAGAGGGCCCCACUGACUGCUAACAUCAACUCCAGAGGCCCCACAUGUAACAGUGGAGAUGUGAACAGAAGUUUUGUGGGCCCCUGCUGCAGAAAUCUGACUCUGAGGACUCAGACUACUGAACCUGGACUUUUAAGUGGUCCACCUCCUGGAAAUAACAAACCAGACUGCAGAAGCGUCAAUCCACGACUCACAAACUGUGGAAACCGUGGCGCUGUGCCUUCAUCUAGUGAGACCAUGAACCGCAGGGCUCCUGAAUGUGGGCAGACCUGUUUCAACUGUCCAAACUCUGGAGAUGUCCUCUCGGAAGGACAGACCUCUGGAAAAAACAGUCCCAGAGUUACCUGUCAGCACCUUUCAUCUGGUUGUCCGACCAACAAACCGCUGCUGAACAAAGACCUGUCCUUGGAGGAGACAGAGUCUACCACUGUCCCCGCUGCCGGUGUAGGAGGUGGGAACGAGGACAUCCAGGAUAGCACGGACCUGGCAGACGAAGAUGAAGGCCCCUGCUGCAGUAAGACUCGGCACUCCAACCUCGCCAAAUGCAUUGCCAACUCAUCCGGCUACGUGGGUGACCGGUUCAAAUGUGUGGCCACGGAGCUGGAUGCCGACUCCAGCCAGCUGAGUCGAGAGCAGCGAGCGCUGCAGCGAGCCAUGCUGCACUUCUCUGAGCUGGAGCUGCAGGAGAGCGAGGGAGGAGGAGGAGAGGAGGAAGGAGGAGAGGAACGAGGGCUGACAGCAGCGUCAGGAGAGACGGAGCUGGCAGACGGCCAGCAGGGAGACGCAGGGAAAGAGGAGGAGGAGGAGGAGGAGGAGAGGAGGAAAGAGGGAGGAGGAGGAAGAACUCCCUCUGCAGCCGCCGCCACUGAGGCUCCGCGAGGUUUUGAUCCAUCGUGUCCUCACAGCCGCCUCCCCGUCCUCCAAGAGAAGGAGGACGGCCCUGUGGAGGAGCAGAGUUUGAUCCGGCAGCGGACCUUCCUGUCGGUGUUUCAGGGAAACUCGCUGACGACACUCGGACAUUCACACUGCGGCGCGACGAUAAACCGGAGACGACUCCUCAGCCUGGAGCCGUUUCACCAGAGCAGCAUUAGCCUGAAGAGAGGGAGGGAGGAGGACAGAGAGGAGGACAGAGAGAAGGACAGAGAGGACAUAGAGGAGGACAGAGAGGAGGAUGGGAUGAGCGAUUCCCCCCCCGAGGACUCAAAGAGGCUGAAGGUUCGCAUCGAGCUCAACGGCCUCCGACUCAACAAGCCCCGCCUCCCCAGCGAGCUCGGCCAAUGGGUGCCGUCCAGCCAGAGGUCGUCAGAGGUCGACAACAAGUGGAAAUCGGAGGUCAGGGGUAGGUCAGAGGUCAACGGGGGCUGGUGUGACCCUGCGUUUGUAAGGAGGGACGACCACAGAGUUUUCUGUGUGGCCCCGCCCUCCUCUGCCACCGCUCUCCUCCGACUGCCCUGCAGCUCCGCCCCCUGGCAACCAUCCCAGUCCUCCCUCUCCUCCUCCUUCACCUCCUCCUUCAGGUCCUCCCGCCUCCAGGACAAGCAUCAGAGGCUGAGGGAGACUCACAGGGCCUCCGGGUUCCUCCCAUCUUUACCUCCUCUUCCUCCUCCCUCCUCCUCCUCACCUGACCUCCACCUCCUCCGCUGCCAUGACGACGACCUCCACAAACCGAAGGGCAAACGUUCCUGCAAGACGAAGCACACGGGGGGAGAGAUGGCAAGGGAGGAGGAGAGGGACGGAGGGAGCGACGAGGAGAUGAGUGGAGAGGUGAGAGGAGCACUCGUUUCUUUGUUCAGUCUUAUUUUGCUUUUCGUUUUUUUCGUUUUUUGAUUUUACUUUAUCGGCAUUUGAGUUAAGGUGUUCGGGGAGCGCUCGUUUUUCUGCCUGGAGGAGCGCGGC